AUGUUUUACUCCGCCGUGACGGCCGAAGCAGAGGCCAAGCGAUUGGCAGAAGCAGGUUUUCAGACAGUGAGGGUGCAGAUCUGCAACAUCAUCAACUUCUUUGAUAUCCAGACCAAGCCGAAGGCUGCACGCAUCAACGCGGCGGUCAUCCGUUUGUUGGAACGGGGCGACGUUUGGAGAGCUCAGCUGCUGCUCAGCCGGGGCGUGGCGAUUGCCUUCAAGAAGCCUCUCUCCUCCCUUCGCACAGGCAGCUGCAUUUUCGACCACUCGUCCGAGCACCAGCUUUAUGGUCAGGUGGCCCGGUAUUUUAUUUCCACCGGACAGUCCUCCACCUGA